UUUGUUUGUUAAUGGACGGUGACCGAAUUUUGACGAUUUUAGCUACUUCCAACUCGCUUUCUGGUUGCUAAUAAGGGCUCGUUUGAGCUUAUUCUCGAGCCUAAAUUGUCCAAAUAUUCAUAAAAAUGUCUCAACACGGUGCUGGAGGCAGUGGGAGUGGUUCUUCUGCAUCGAUGCGGCCCGACGACCAUAGACGAAAGUGGGACCGCGAUGAGUACGAAAGAUUGGCCUUGGAACGCCUUCGGGAAGAAAUCACCGCCGAGGAAAAUGAUAAACUUAACCAGCCAGUGCACCGGGCCCUUUUGAAGAGGAGAGAGUAUAAAGUAGACCUCGAAUCCAAACUGGGCAAGAGCGUCGUCAUCACCAAAAACACCCCAGCGUCCCAAACGGGAGGUUACUACUGCAAUGUUUGCGACUGUGUGGUGAAGGACUCUAUCAACUUUUUGGACCACAUCAACGGCAAAAAACAUCAGCGCAAUUUGGGAAUGUCCAUGAAGGUUGAGCGGUCGACGGUGGACCAAGUGAAAAGUCGAUUGGAGUUGUUGAAAAAGAAGAAGGAGGAGAAGAAAAAGGAGUAUGACAUUGAACAGAAAUUGAAAGAACUCGGAGAGGAGGAGGAGAAGCUGAAAGAAUACCGAAAGGAGAAGAGGAAGGAACGGAAACGCAAGCUCGAGGAGGACGAAGAUGUGGACCCGGACAUGGCAGCCAUUAUGGGCUUCUCGGGCUUUGGCUCAGCAAAGAAAUAAAAAUAUUGAGAACCAUGAAGAGGCCAUCAUUAUCUUCUCAGACUUUGACUCAUCCAAGAAAUGAGAGACGAUUUUUAUGUCCAGUGUGUGCGGCGUCAAGAAUAAAUGCUAACCUUGUAAAAAUGA